AUGGUACCGGAACAGCAAAAGAGUCCCGCUUCUUUGCCGGCCAGUUGCGCAACCUUGGCCUCGAGGUCCAAAGUGUCUUGGUCUUCCUUGUACACAGAAUCUCCAACCGUGCAGUACGCAAUCGCCUGCAGCAUGCUCUGGGUGGGCACCGUGAAGGUGUCGGAACGGAACUCGUUGCUUGUUGGGAAGUUGUCGCUAAUAGUCAUUGCGUUACAGCAUGGCAAACUGCCCGCCAUAUAUAGCCGGAGCCUGGUGCGUGAAAAGUUUUUGGUCGUGGACGUCUCAAACGGACUCGAUAACGGACGGAGUGAGAUAACGCGGGAUCCAGCAGCGGGAAGGGGACGAAACUCAGAAGACAAGUUCACGAAAAUCAGGACACCAUGUGGGAACUUCCUCCGGAGUUGUAGCUCGUCUCCAACACGAGUUACAACAGACUGGAAAAUGGAACUCGUUGGUCGUGCAUGA